AUGAACGGAGAGCCUCCCCACCACGAUGAACGGUGUCCAUGGCAAGAGCACUCAUGCAACAAAGUUGUUCAUGAGGAAUUUGGUAUUCUUGAAGGUUUAAUGAUAGCUGUUCAUGCAACUACAUCAAUACAGAAGACUGUUGAUGGCCCAUCAAUGAAGGAUUGGAGAGGAGGCCGUGGAGCUGGACAAAAUAUCAUUCCUAGUUCUACUGGUGCUGUAAAGGUUGUUGGAAAGGUUCUCCCAGAACUGAAUGGAAAACUUACUGGAAUGGCCUUUCGUGUUCCAACUCCUAAUGUCUCGAUGGUGGACCUAACUUGUCGAUUUGAGAAGAGUGCUUCCUAUGAAGAUGUCAAGGCAGCCAUAAAGUAUGCAUCAGAGGGACCACUUAAAGGCAUUCUUAGGUACACAGAUGAAGACAUUGUCUCCAAUGAUUUUGUUGGUGACACAGGGUAUAAUUUCUUUGAUGUUUCCACCAUUGCUUUCAAGAUCAUAUCUUUAGUUGAUUUUAUGGGGUCCAUUGUCACCUAA